UUGUCGGUGACCUCAUCAGCAACAUGAACACAAACAUGGCGACGGCGAAGGACGGCGGGAUGCGCUCCUCUCUCCGAUGGACCGUGUGUCUCUUCUUCGUGUCUGCAGUGGCGGUACGGGCAUCCACACUGCGUCUUCACCAAGAGGAACGACACAGGCUACCACAAGACAGAGGAUUUAUAACGGUGAACGCAGACGUGGAUUUAUCAGACGGACUGGGCGCUGCAGCUCCCAAACUGCGACAAACCGCGCGGCGUGCGGCCAGAGGGGACGGGGGGAGUGCAGGGACCGGACCCCGUAUCAGGAACCGCCGUGGGGCCGCCGUGUCGGCCCUGCCCAAGGUGUACGGACAGGCCAACCUGAAUGACUCCCACAACCAGAUGGUGGUGCACUGGGCGGGCGAGAAGAGCAACGUCAUCGUGGCCCUGGCCAGGGACAGCGCCGGAGCCACGGGCUCCAAGACCAGCUCCGUGUAUGUGUCCUACGACUACGGGACCAGCUUCGUGCUGGUCUCGGACCGCUUCCGCCUGUCGGGGGCCAAGGAGGACCGCAAGCAGGUCAUCGCCCAGUUCUAUCACAGCCCAGCGGACAACAAGAGGUACCUGUUUGCAGACGUCACCAACUCGUACCUGUGGAACACAUUUGACUUCUGCAAGACGGUGCAGGGCUUCCCCCUGCCCUUCAGGCCCACCGACCUCCUCCUGCACAGCAAGCAGGCCCACCUGGUGCUGGGCUACGACAACCUCCACCCCAACAAACAGUUGUGGAAAUCCGAUGACUUCGGCGAAACAUGGGUGUUGAUCCAAGAGCAGGUGAUGGCCUACUUCUGGGGCGUGGAGCCCUACGACCCGCCCACCACGGUGCUGGUGCAGCGCCGCGAGCCCCAGGGGGUCUCCAGCGUCCUCAGCUCCACCGACUUCUUCCAGAGCAAGCAGAACCGCCGCGUGGUCCUGGAGCACGCCGACAGCUUCCAGCUGCGCGACAAGUACAUGUUCGCCACCUCGCCCCGGAAGUUGCUUGGUAGACCGGAGACGUCGUCUGUUCAACUGUGGGUGUCGUACAACCGCCAGCCCAUGAAGGCCGCCCAGUUCAUGACCCGCCACCCCAUCACGGAGUACUACAUUGCCGACGCCUCGGAGGACCAGGUGUUCGUGUGCGUCAACCACGUGAACAACGUCACCCACCUCUACAUCUCGGACGUGCAGGGCCUCUCCUUCUCGCUGUCCCUGGAGAACGUGCUGUACUAUAGCCCCGAGGGCCCAGGAAGCAACACGCUCAUCAGGUACUUUGCCAAUGAGCCGUUCGCCGACCUGCACCGCGUGGAGGGGCUGCGGGGCGUCUUCGUCGCCACGCUCGUCAACGGCUCGGCCAGCGAGGACAACAUGCGCUCGGUCAUCACCUUCGACAAGGGGGGCACCUGGGAGCUGCUGCAGCCCCCCGCCGCCGACAGCCAGGGGGGGCGCAUCGACUGCCAGCUGUCUAAGGGCUGCUCCCUGCACCUGGCCCAGCGUUGGAGCCAGCUGCUCAACAUGCAGCUGAGGCGGAUGGCCAUCCUAUCCAAAGAGUCGGCCCCGGGGCUCAUCCUGGCUACAGGUUCGGUGGGCAGGAGCCUGGCCAACAAGCCUAAUGUGUACGUAUCCAGCAGCGCAGGAGCCAGAUGGAGAGAGGCGCUGACCGGCCCUCACUUCUACACCUGGGGGGACCACGGCGGGCUGCUGCUGGCCAUCCCCCAGGGAGGGUCCGCCACGCACCUCAGGUUCAGCACCAACGAAGGGGAGACCUGGACCGACUUCCAGUUCUCCGAGCGGGAGGUGUAUGUCUACCAGCUGCUGACGGAGCCGGGCGAGAAGAGCACCAUCUUCACGAUCUUUGGCUCCUACGCCGACCAGAGACACAGCUGGCUGAUCCUGCAGCUCAACGCCUCCGACGUGCUGGGCGUACCAUGUGCGGAGGCGGACUACAAGCGCUGGUCUCCGUCGGACGAGCGAGGGAACGACUGUCUCCUUGGCCGGCAGAUGGUGUUCCGGAGGCGCACGCCGCACGCCACCUGCUUCAACGGGGAGGACUUUGACCGGCCCGUCACGGCCACCAACUGCUCCUGCCAGCGGCAGGACUACGAAUGUGACUACGGGUUCAGGCUGAGCGAGGACCUGGCGCUGCAGGUGUGCAUGCCUGACCCCGAGUUCUCUGGGAACCUCUACGCCCCCCCGGUGCCCUGUCCCGUGGGCACCACCUACAGGCGCAGCAAGGGGUAUAGAAAAGUGUCUGGGGACAGCUGUACGGGGGGAGACGUGGAGACCAGACUGAACGGAGAGAUGCUUCCUUGUCCGGUUGGAGAGAGCAACGAGUUCAUCCUGUACGCCGUGCGGAGCUCCAUCCACCGUUACGACCUGGCCACCGGCACCGACACGCCCCUGCCCCUCACCGGCCUCCGAGAGGCUGUGGCCCUGGACUUUGACUACGACCGCAACUGCCUGUACUGGGCCGACAUAUCCCUGGACACCAUCCAGCGGCUGUGUCUGAACGGCAGCACGGGCCAGGAGGUCGUGGUCAGGAAGGACCUUCAGAACGUAGAGGCUCUGACCUUCGACCCCAUCAGCCGGCUGCUCUACUGGGUCGACGCCGGAGCGCAGAAGAUAGAGGUCUCCAACCCUGACGGAGACAUGCGCCACACUCUGCUCAACUCCUCUGUUCUGGAGCACCCCCGGGCCCUGGUGCUGCUGCCAGGAGAGGGUCUGAUGUUCUGGACAGACUGGGGCGACCGGGCUGCGGGCGUGUACCGGGGUCACAUGGACGGCACCAACGUGCUGUGUGUGGCGUCGGAGGGCAUGCGCUGGCCCAACGGCGUGACGGUGGACGACCACUGGCUGUACUGGACCGAGGCGUACAGCGACCGCAUCGAGAGGGCCGACCUCAGCGGCGGGCAGCGCAGCGUGCUGAUGGAGGGCCUGCCGCACCCCUACGCCAUCGCCGUCUUCAAGAACGACCUGUACUGGGACGACUGGUCCAAAAUGGGGAUCUUCAAGGCUCCAAAGUCGGGCUCCCCAAACAAGGAGCUGAUCAUAGGCAGGCUGAUUGGAGUGAUGGACCUUAAGGUCUUCUACAAGGGCAAGGCCCGAGGCCAUAACGGCUGCUCGGACCAGCCCUGUGCCCAGCUGUGUCUGCCCCUGCCCGGACACCGCCACACCUGCGUGUGCCCUGACGGCGCCCCCACCACGGCCUUGCCCGGCGGGGGGCUCCAAUGCCAGUGCCCCCCCGGCUACCAGCUGCUGAACACCACCUGCGUCAAGACAGAGCACAGCUGCUUGCCGAACCAGUAUCGCUGCUCCAAUGGCCGCUGCAUCAGCAGCAUCUGGAAAUGCGACAGUGACAACGACUGUGGAGAUCUGAGCGACGAACAAGAGUGCCCCACCACGUCCUGUGACACGUCCAUCCAGUUCCGCUGCGUGGCCUCAGGCUCCUGCAUCCCUCUGGCCUUCAAGUGCGACCACGAGGACGACUGUGGGGACAACAGCGACGAAGAGCACUGUGGGUCCCACCAGUGCGGCCCCGGAGAGUUCACCUGCACGCGUGGCGUGUGCAUCCGUGAGGCGUGGCGCUGCGACGGAGACAACGACUGCCGGGAUUGGUCGGAUGAGACCAACUGCACAGUGGGUCACCACACGUGCGAGGCCAGCAGCUUCCAGUGUCACACGGGUCACUGCAUACCCCAGCGUUGGGUCUGCGACGGGGAUGAUGACUGUCAGGACGGCUCGGAUGAAGACCGCAGUCAAUGCGGGGGCGAGCGUUGCAUCGGCUUCCUGUGUCCCAACGGAACCUGCCUGCCUGCCGCCGCCCACUGUAACGGAGUCACCGACUGUCCCAGCGGCGCAGACGAACACAACUGUGACCCCCUGUGUACGCGCUACAUGGAGUUUGUCUGCAAAAAUCGCGCCCAGUGUCUCUUCAAGUCCCUCGUGUGUGACGGGACCAAGCACUGUGAGGACGGCUCGGACGAAGACCCUGCUUACGCCGGCUGUGCCACGCCAACAGAUUCUGGCAAGUCGUGCGACGCCUUCACCUUCCAGUGUGCCAAUGGAUUAUGUGUUAGCCUGGAGUGGAAGUGUGACGGCAUGGACGACUGUGGGGACUACUCUGACGAGGCCAACUGUGCCUCCCCCACCGAGGUGCCAGGCUGCUCCAAGUACUUCCAGUACGAGUGUGGGAACGGACACUGUGUCCCCACCUGGUGGAAGUGUGACGGAGAGAAUGACUGUGGGGACUGGUCUGAUGAGGCCCAGUGCACAGGGGGGGUCCCUGCUCACACGGCGGCCCCGGGCACCUCCUCCUGCGCCCCCAACCGCUUCCACUGCGGCUCCGGGACCUGCAUCAUCAACUCCGGGGUGUGUGACGGCUACGCCGACUGCCUCGACGGCAGCGACGAGCUGGGCUGCCCCCCCGGGACCAACGGCACGGCCGCCCCGGGCCCCACCCAUGGCCCCCCGGUGCCCCCCGCCCCGGGACACUGUUCCCGGGGCCAGUUCGGCUGUCGCCGCCCCCCCCACUGCAUCCCCGACUGGCAGCGGUGUGACGGGCGCGUGCAUUGUCAGGACGGGUCGGACGAGGCCCACUGCCCCACCCGAGGGCCUCUGUUCUGCAGUAACGGGACGCGCUGUGCGGACGGCGAGGUGUGUGUGCUGGACAGCGAGCGCUGCGACGGCUUCCUGGACUGCUCUGACCGCAGCGACGAGGACAACUGCACCCUGGAGGCUCAAGUGUACAAGGUCCAGAACAUCCAGUGGACCACAGACUUCUCCGGUGCCAUCACCCUGACCUGGACACCAUCCAAGAGGAUGCCCCCGGAGAACUGCGCCUUCCUCAUCUACUACAGGGUGGUGGGCAUCCAGGAGUGGAGCAGCAUGGACACGCAGAGCAACAAGAGCAGCUCCAGGCUGACACUGCUGCAGCCAGACACCACCUACCAGCUGAAGGUGUUGACCCAGUGCCUCAGCAAGGUGCACAAGAGCAACGACUUCAUUACUAUCCGCACCCCCGAGGGAGUGCCGAACCCUCCCAAGAACCUGCAGCUGACGUGUGACAACUGGGAGGAUGGCACGGUAGACGUGUCCUGGAGCCCCCCGGACCAGGCCCACGGCCUCAUCAGGGAGUACAUAGUGCAUUACAAGGAGAACAGUGACCCCGAGUGGACAUACCAGAGGACUCCCACCACCAGGGCCAUUGUGACCACGCUAGUGCCAAGCACGCAGUACAUGUUCAGGGUGGCAGCCGUGACCAGUCGAGGUGUGGGCAACUGGAGUGAGGUCAAAUCCAUCACACCAAAGAAAGCGCUGCCUCCACCCUCCGUCAUCGCUGACACCAUCACCAACGACUCCAUCAGCCUGUCAUUCAGCUUCAACUCCCAGAACGAGGUGAAGCACUACAUGGUGGUGCUGUCCUGGCUCUUCGACUCCCACGUCAAGGAGAGCAGGAACUACACGGUCCAGAAGGGGAUCCUCCGUGCGGCCAACCUGACGGCGGGGACAGUGUACGAGGUGGCGGUGUGGGCGCACACGGUCGUGGGGGACAGCCCCACCGCACUCUCCCGCCAGCAGACCACCGGCACCCAGCCCGAGGCCCCCCUGCUCAAAGCCCGGGCCCUGAACCAGACCAGCGUGGACUGCAGCUGGACCACCGCCGGCCUGCCGGCCCAGGUGUACGGUAUAUUCUACGCCACCUCGUUCCUGGACCUGUACCGUAGCCCCCGCAGCGCCAGCGGCAGUGGGGCGGCCGGCCAGACCACGGUCCAGGUGGAGCCCGACGAGCAGUACCUCUUCCUGGUCCGGGCCGUCUCCCCGUACCUGGGUCCGCCGUCAGCCUUCGCCGUGGUCAGGAUGAUCCCCAGCGAGAGACUGCCCCCCAGGAACCUCCACCGGGUGCAGGUGGGGCAGACCAGGACCACCCUGAAGUGGCAGCCCCCCUACGACUCCCCCGCCUCCCCCCUGACCUACGUGGUCCACGUGCGCGACGUGGUCCGCAAGGCGGAGCUGGACUACAAGCUGAGCAGCAGCAACAACACGGUGGAGUACUUGCUGAAGGGCCUGGAGCCGGGCGGCCGCUACAGCGUGACCGUCCGCCUGCGCAACAUGAGCAAGGAGGCCAGCCUCACGCUCACCACAGUGGCUCUGCCAGCGCCUGACGCCCUGAAGAUCAUCAGCGAGAAGGACCACGUGUUCCUGCUGUGGAAGAGUCUGGCCGUCAAGGAGAAGGGUUUCAACGAGAGCCGGGGCUACGAGGUGCACAUGUACGACAGCGUGAGCAACCAGACCAUGUUCCUGGGCAACACCACAGAGACUUUCUUCCGUAUCAACCGCCUGCUGGCCGGGCACAACUACAGCUUUUCUGUGCAGGCGCGCUGCCUGCUGGGCGGACAGCUGUGUGGGGAGCCCGCCCUGCUCCUUUAUGACCAGCUGGGCAAAGGGGCCCUGGCGGAGAGGGUUGAGGGCCCGUCGGAGGACGUGGCGGUGGUGGUGGUGCCCGUCCUGUUCCUGCUGCUGCUGGGGGCUUGCGGCGGACUGCUGGCACUCUACAUGCGCCACCGACGGCUGCAGAACAACUUCACCAACUUCGCCAACUCCCACUACAACUCCCGCCUGGGCUCGGCCAUCUUCUCCUCCGGGGACGAUCUAGGAGACGAUGACGAAGACACCCCGAUGAUCAACGGCUUCUCCGACGAUGUUCCCAUGGUGAUCGCGUAGCGGGGGACGCCCCUCUUCCCUCCCAACAUCCCCCCCUCACACACACACACACUCCCUCCCCAACACCCCCCACACACCCGCCCCUCAGAAUGGAGGUUUCUGGGAGGGGUGCGAAAGAGAUAUUUUUCAAAUGUAACAUUGCACUUUUUUGGAUGCGCAAUAACUUAUUUUUUUAAAACAUGAGAUACGUAUGAAUAUAAGGAAAUGUAUGUAUAUUUAUGGGGUCGAUGGGAUAGGGAGGGUGGUUAACACUGAAGGCAAACUGUGAAGGAUGUGAGUUCGCAGUCACGCCAUGUAAAGGGAAACGGUCUCUUAAUGCAAACUCACUGUCCAUAGGAGCUGUCCCUGCUUUAAGCCAAUAUAUCCUUGGAUGGAACGGUACAACGAAAAAAACAACUAAUAAUGAAACUAUGAAAACAUCCGCAAACGCUCACACAAGACACAUAAAGACAUUAAGGAGAUGUAAAUGAACUUAGCCAUGCACUGUAAACCACAUGUAUAUUGAAACCACACAUCUUUCUACGUGUAUAUUGGAGGGGCAGCACCUGCCAUGCCAACUAAUGUAUCUCUUGCUUGUUGUAAAACACCCUUGCAAGUGUCUUGAAACAUAAUCAUUUUCUCUUGUGGUCCAUUUUCCAUGAAUGAUCCCUUUCUGUUUGAUUGCUAAUUAAAAAAAAAGAAAGAUUCUGUUAUAAAUGCCGUGUGCAGGAAUCUAAUUGUUUGCCUAUCUGGUACGGGGCUGGCCGACGCAUCAUGUUAUGUCAUGUGUGUCCAAGAUCCUCUUUGGCUCAUUCCUUUGCCGCCGGCACACUCGUGGUCCACCUUCUGAGCCCAACGCUGUUGAAGACUUCCUCAAAUAGAAAGAAGGCCAAUGAAUGACCUGAAUGGCUUCGUUGUAGACAGGAGAACAGCAGCCCCACUCCGCCCCGUGGUGUAGCGCUGCACCAUGGGGAACCCUGCUGGCCCUAGGCCC